AUGUCCCUUGGGCGUAUGGGUACCAGUCUGACUACCGAGGGGAUGCGAGGAAUGCUUCUGACAGCCAAUAUCCACCCAGCGUCAGCAAGCUCUAUGCAGGACACUGCGAAUAAAGUGGGGGAAAAAAUUAGUUCUGUUAACCGAAGGAGUAUGACCGAUAUAAGAAAAUCUUUGAAAGAAAAAAACUCUGAAUGUGGACUUCCUGUUAAUUCAUCAAUUCGCGCGGAGGGGGAUGCCAGAUACAACAACUCUACAUUUAGUGCACUGGGGAAAACACCAUUCCAAGCAGGUACACAAGUGACUUAUACUAUGUGUGAAAAUGUUACUAGUGAGAAAAAAAUUAUUUCAGUGUUUUGUGGAAAUAAGUUAUGCAAGAAGGGUGAAUAUAUGAGGGGGAAAGGCGAACAAGUUACCUGUCCCGGGCACACAGGAUGCACUGCCAAUCUUACACAACAGACAAACAUUGGUAAUGAAAAACAGUGGGCAGCUGAAUGUAUAGAAGAACUGAACAAGGAUGAAGACCCUCUUACCAUAUCACACCUAACAACAGACGGAGACAGUGCGGCAUCCCAGGGAGCAUCCAUAAAGCAGGGAAAAAACAUCGAAAACCUGAAGGACCUGAGGCACUUCUUCGAGUCCCAGAGGAAGGAAACCAGCAAAGCCCCCUUCGGUGAGCGCAUGUUUCCAGGCCGUACCAAAGCAGACAGAGAAUCAGCUAAGAAACGAUUCGCCCAGGACCUAAAAACCAGAUGUCGAUCAGAAUAUGAAAAAGCUCACAAGUAUUUUGGUGGGGAUAUGCAAAAACUUACCAAUGCCCUGUCCUAUGCUGUUGAUGCCAUCAUAUCGUGCUAUCGAGAACUGUGUAAGGCUGUAGGGGCACCUGUUGUCAAGGGAAGUAAAGUAGCACAUCUUCUGAAACAGCAACAAAAUAGACAGAAUUAUUUUAGGCAGAGAGAAAGAUCAAUUUUUCACAGCAGCCAUAUUGAGAGGAUAGAAAGGGAGAAAGUUCCAGAAAACAGGAAAUAG